AAAAAACGGGUCGCAGCGCCCAGAGCCAUGAGCAGAUUUUGGGCGGUCACUCAUCGAACGAGGCAGCCCCACGACUCACAAUGGAUGAGCUCGAGGACCUCCUGGCCCAGCACGCCUCGGUGACCAUGAAUCUGGGCCUCAAGGACCACUCGGUGUCAAGACGAGACGCGUUGCUGGGGCAGUCGCUGGCCGAGAAGGACCGGACCGAGGCCCGCAACUUUACGAGGCGGGGCGACGGCGUCGCGCCCGGCGAGCCCUGGCAGUGCCACUGCUGCGCCCAGGACAACGUCGCCAGUGCUUUCAAGUGCCGCUGCUGCGGGAGGCCGGCGUCGUACGGGCGGCCCGACGCCUCGCGACCUUUAGCGUUACCUGACGUCGUCGGCGCGAUGCGCGCGCAGCAGAUCGAGGGGUAUCUCGAUGGUGUAGUGCGCAAGCACUGCGGGGAUAUGGCGCCGGCGGCGAGAGAUCGGUGGUUGGCGGGGCCGGAAGGGCCCGUGAACAAACGGGACGAUUUGGGCUUCGGGCCCUUGCACGUCGCGGCGGUCGCCGGCAAUUAUAGAGCGGUGGAGGUUUUAGUGAAGCGAGGCGCGCUCCUAGAGUCCGUGACGAUGCCGCAGGGCUGGCGGGCCCUGCACCUGGCGGCGUCGGCGGGCUCGGCGGACUCCAUCAAUGUGUUGUUGAGGGCCGGCGCGAAGCCCAAUGGGACCACCAAAGGCUGCAAGUCGACACCGCUCCACUUGGUCACAAGAGGCGAUGCCGCUAGAUGUUUACUGCGAGGAGGCGCGGACUGGAAGGCCUGCGACGCCCAGGGGCGCACCCCCAUGCACCUCGCCGCGGAGCGAGGCCUGGUGGAAGUCGCCGAGGCGUUGCUCGAGAAAGGCGGUUUACCGCUCUUCGAGGCGUCGGACGGCGACAACUGGCUGCCCGAAGCUACCGCGGAAUAUUACGGCCAUAAAGAGUUUGUGACCUACUGUCGCAAGUUGGAAGCCAAGGCCCGGAACAUCGACGUCGAUGAAUUACCACCUCGAACUUGGAGUGGCGCGCACUGGGAAACAGGCCUCAAGGAAUAUCGUAGAAGAGCGGCCGAGGAUAGUGAACGAGGCCCGGGCAUGUCCCAACUUAUUAAAGAAAGGCUCCAGAUCGUCGACAUGAUGACGGGCGAAAAGCUCAAAAGGCACGCCGAGGCGACCCACGCGACGUGGUCGGAGAACGAGAGGAAACGGGACCAGCAGCUGCUCCUCGAGGACGGCACGGAACAACCGGUAUCAUUUAAGCGGACCGUGGCGCAGAGCGGCACGGAGGGCACGAUGCCGUACUCGGGCGAGGCCGAGGUCUUCGACGCGUACCUGGAGAAUUUGAGGGACAACGACCACGACCCCGUCGCCUGCCGGCGGCGGGCCGUGUACUCGUCGGUCUUCGAUCCCUUGCAAGCGCAUCUUGCGCGGCCUCUUACACCGCGGCGGUCCGAGCCGCUUUCCUUACGGCGGACGCCCCGCGAAGCGCACACGCUGGUCUUCGGGGGCGAGCGGUAAUAGUCUGUGUGUUC